CAGCCAACUCUCUCUCACUGCACAGAUCUUUUUAAAACAGUGAGACCAAAAAGUCAAAAACCACCAAAAGCUCCACAGCUCGCUCUUUCUCUCUCUCUCUCUCUGUUCUUUCUCUCUCUACACUCCGAUGAGAAAAUGAAAUCAUGCGAACCAGUAACUCCAACCACCACUUUCCUCGCCUUUUUACGCUACUCUUCUUCUUCUGAGAAUUGCAAUUCUCAGGAAUUGCUAAGAGACUUUGCCACCCGGGAACUCAAUGCUUUUCUCUGGAUUUCACUCAUCGCCAUCACUGCUCUCCUCCUCAGAAAAGUCGCUAAGCUCUUCAAGCUCUGGGCUCAGUCUAGGAAAAUCCCUGGUCCUCCUUGCUCUUCCUUUUACGGCCACUCCAACCUCAUUUCCCGCGAAAAUCUCACCGAUGUUUUAUUGGUUUCACACAAGAAGUAUGGAUCAGUUGUCAAGCUGUGGUUGGGUCCUACCCAACUGUUGGUGUCAGUAAAGGAUCCAGCACUUAUCAAAGAGAUGCUUAUAAAGGCUGAGGAUAAAUUGCCUUUGACAGGGAGGGCAUUCCAUUUGGCAUUUGGACCAUCGAGCCUCUUUGCUUCAUCUUUUGACAAGGUACAAAGGAGAAGGGAAUCAUUGGCGACGGAAUUAAAUGGGAGAUUGAUUGAGAGAGCUUCUGUGAUUCCAACAAAGGUUGUGGACUGUAUCAUGGGCAGAAUACACAAACUCAUGGAUAAAGGCAGUAUUGAUUGUAAAAUGGUUUCUCAACAUAUGGCAUUUACCUUACUGGGAGCUACACUCUUUGGAGAUGCAUUCUUGGUUUGGUCUGAGGCAACUGUUUAUGAGGAGCUCCUCAUGAUGAUUGCUAAAGAUGCUUGCUUUUGGGCCUCAUAUGCUGUUACUCCAGUCUGGAAACAGGGAUUUUGGAGGUAUCAGCGUUUGUGCACAAAGUUGAAAUGCUUAACUCAAGACAUUGUCCAACAGUGCCGAAGGAAUUACAAGCUCUUUUGUCAUGGGGAUGGGAACCUUCAUAAUGAAACUGCAAACAUGGGAAUGGAAUCUGUAUCUGCCACACCAUCUUGUUCUUGUGUUGAGAGGCCAGAUAACUUUUUUUCAAAUGAGCUCAAUGGUCAUCUUAGUGCAAGAGAAGAACCAUGUGGAAACAUCAUGGGGGUGAUGUUCCAUGGAUGCUUAACUACAGCAGGUCUGAUUGGUAAUUUAUUGGAGAGGCUUGUUACACAUCCGGAAAUACAGGAUAAGAUUUACUCAGAGAUUAUUACUUCUAGGAAAGGGUUAAUAAAACAAGACCAACAAUGUGUUGAUAAGAUGCCUUUAUUGUUAGCAACUGUUUACGAAUCUGCCCGUCUUCUGCCAUCUGGGCCUUUGCUACAGAGAUGUUCCCUGAAAAAUGACUUCAAUCUCAAAACUGGGGUAACCAUACCAGCUGGAGCAGUACUCGUUGUGCCUGUGCAGUUGGUACAGAUGGAUGAUUCUAGUUGGGGCAAAGAUGCUAGUGAAUUCAAUCCAUAUCGUUUUUUGUCAAAGUCUGGAAAUGGAUCUGAUUUGUUGCUUAAUACAUCACCUACAGCAGGGGUUGCUGAAGAACUUGUAAGUCCAUGCAAAAGCAAGUUCGUCUUGAAUGAUCCCAAUGACAAUGUGGCAUUUCUUCCCUUUGGUUCUGGUACACGUGCUUGUGUUGGUCAGAAAUUUGUAAUUCAAGGGGUUAUGGCAUUAUUUGCGUCGUUGCUUGAACAAUAUGAGAUAAGGCUUCAGCCAGGAUCUCAGUGUGAUUUAAAUCCAUCGAUGAACCUCGGUGUUUUUCAGCCUCCUCUUAGUCCAAAGAUAGUUUUUGUAAGAAGGAACAGCUGAAAGUAAAGAAACAAAAAGCUUGCUAUGUGGAUCUGAGUGUUUCUGCAUCAUCACUUGUCUCUUUUAAUUGCAAGUCAUCGAUGGCAAGACAUCUGGCUCUUUUUUUCAUCUUCCUUUUUAUGACUCUUUUUUAUCCUUUUCUUUUCCAAAGUUGAUGGGGAAGCAUUUUUAUAAUUUGAAGUUUGAUUUUUGCUCGUUAGCUGUGAAACGGGAGGAUGCUACAUGAGUAAAACCAAUCUUUGCUCGUUUUUUUCCACCCUGUUUUUAAAUAGGUCCAGUGCUGACUGACUGCCAUGACAGUUUUUAAAUUGUUUUUGAAGCACUCUGGGCCUAUUAUUGCAGCAGAGCCUUGUGCUUUUCUUCCUCACCUUUGGAUUUGGAACAUAGAACUGGUUUCUUUUUGUUGUAAGCAGACACUUUUUUUUCUCCAGAAGGGAGUUUAUUUUGUAUUGUAUCACAGACAAAAAUGUGUAUGGGGAUGUAUUGAUUUACCAAAUAAAAUUUGUACAAAAUUUGUAUAGCA